AGCCGCUGGGUGGGGUCUGGGACAGGCAGCUGGGAGAAACCAAAAGGAAGAAAAAAGAAAACCGUAGCCCCUGAAAUCGCUAAUGCCAGACGGGGGAAGCUAGCUAGAAAGGGAGGAUAGGAGGGUUUUAGAGCUCACCUCCAUUCCUACCCUGAUCAACUCUCUCAGACUCUUUUAUCUCCUUUUGAGAUAAUUAAAACCUACUGUACAACGGCCCUAGUCGGUGCCCGUUCCUAACUCCACUGAAUUAGAUUUGUAGUACGAGUGAGUGAAGACCCCGGGUCCACCACCUCAACCCCGGCCCCGCCCCAUCGGCCUGGCCCGGGGCUGGGAGCAGAGGAUGCCUUUGGAGGCGCAGAGUCCGAAAGUCACUGGCCCUGUUCAAAUUAGAGAUUCCCUUAAGAGAGCAGACAGAGAUAAUAUGACAUCUCCACCACUCCUGGAUGCCAACCCCAUGAAGAACCCAGCAUUGUUAAAUGACAUCAAGAUUGAGCCCCCAGAAGAACUUCUGGCAAAUGAUUUCAACCUGCCCCAGGUGGAACCAGUUGACCUCUCCUUUCACAAGCCAAAGGCUCCUCUCCAGCCUGCCAGUAUGCUGCAAUCUCCAAUACGUCCUCCCAAGCCACAGCCUGCUUCCCAGACUCUUGUAGUGUCCACUUCAACAUCAGACACAGGCAGUUCAGCAAGCAUCCGUACUGUUCUGACUCCAGGCUCUAUCCUGGCCUCAUCUCAGGGCACUGGUGGCCAUCAGAUCUUACAUGUGAUUCACACCAUCCCCUCAGUCAAUCUGCCAAAUAAGAUGGGUAGCCUGAAAGCCAUCCCAGUGGUGGUGCAGUCGCUGCCCAUGGUGUAUACUACUUUGCCUGCAGAUGGGAACCCUGCAGCCAUUACAGUCCCAUUAAUUGGAGGAGAUGGCAAAAAUGUUGGAUCAGUGAAAGUUGAACCCACAUCUAUAUCUCCACUGGAGAUCCCAAGUGACAAUGAGGAGAAUGCAAUUGAGAGUGGAUCCUUACAGGGUAUUCAAGGACUACAGCAAGAACCAGCAGCAAUGACACAAAUGCAAGAAGAGUCCCUUGACUUGAAGAGAAGACGGAUUCACCAAUGUGACUUUGCAGGAUGCAGCAAAGUGUACACCAAAAGCUCUCACCUGAAAGCCCACCGCAGAAUCCAUACAGGAGAGAAGCCUUAUAAAUGCACUUGGGAUGGUUGCUCUUGGAAAUUUGCUCGCUCGGAUGAGCUCACCCGCCAUUUCCGCAAGCACACAGGCAUCAAGCCUUUCCGGUGCACAGACUGCAAUCGUAGCUUUUCUCGCUCUGACCACCUGUCUCUGCACCGCCGGCGCCAUGACACCGCGUAAGCGGUACAGACUGCACUAGAAGAGCUGCACUGGUCUCUUUCGUGCACACGCCCGUGUUCUAUAAGAUCAUGAUCAUCUUUUCCUCUUUGACUCAGCUUGCCUGUGGGAUGGGAUACAGCUCACUGACCCAGACUGAUGAGACUGGAGGAAAAGAUAGCUGAUCUUUCGUGAAGACUCCUUAUAUUCCAUCUUCAUUUCUUCCUUGUCUCAUCCCCAAUUUUUUUCAACCUCCACAUGGGUUGAAUUCCAGUGCGGCACCCAUGGUUGCCCCCUCCCCUGCCCGUUAUGAGAUAGGACAUUUUUCCUACAAUAAGAACACAGGAAUCAAAUUCAAGGCUGUGAACAAACAUAUGCUGCUUUUUUUUUUUCUCUUGUUUUAUAGAAUUCUUAUCCAUAUUUUUGAAUCAAUAUAUCAAUGUGGUUGGUAGUGUCCUAAAAUGACUUUUUUCAAGUUCCCAGGCAAAAGAGGGCAUAACAUUGUAGUUGGUUGAUAAGAUUUACAGAUAUUUGGGUCCUGAGUAUAGGGCACAUUCUUGGUGAAUAAACUGAGUCCCAUACCAAACUCAAAGAUUGUGUAAAACCAUUCCUAUUUGUUCUUACAUUGUGGUUUUCAGACAGUGCUGGUGCUUCUUGCUUCUUUAGUCCAUCAAAGGGAAAUAAAGGAUCUUCUUGUCCUCCUUUUCAUCCUCUUCUUCCUCCUCCUCCUUCAGGAUUAAAGAUUUUUCUACACAGUUACAUUCUUUGUUAUGUUAAACUUGGAUAAAAUUUUCAAAGCACACACUAACAUGCCAGUAUGGAAAAAAAAUGUUUCAGGAGAGUGAAUUGGGCAGUGAUAGGAGCAAGUAGACCCAAGAUGAUCCUGUAAACAAAUAGAGGGGAACUUUCCUUUGUAUAGGAUAUCAAAAGUGCUGUAAUCACAAGCGUCAUUCAAAUGACAAUCUGUUGAGACAGUGUCUUGAGGUGAUAGCUGUACUGUUUAUUCUUCUGUUUACAUAAGGCUACUGUUAUGAACAUACUGCAUGAUGAAAAAAUGACACACUGGGGCCAUGUGUCACGCAGAGGUGAGAGUUUAGAAGAGAAAAUGUUUUAAUUCCAUGGUUAUUAACAUGCAUUCCUGUAUGUUUCAAAUGGAAUAUAAGAUUUUAGUGAAAAGUAUUAAUAGCAAACAGAAAGCAAUUUGAUGUUCUACAACUGCUGUGAACAUCUAAGACAUUUCUUUUAUCCAUUAUAGCAAGUUGCUUAAUAUACACAUUUGGUUACCUAAUCAGACUGGUUUAUCAUAAUGUCUGGGACAUAAAACCCUCUCUCUGUUCCAGGCGCUGGACCUCAGAUCUACCUCCACAUGGCAAAUGUCCUCUCCCAGGGUUGGGGAGGGGAGCUUUUAAUCACUUAAUUGUGGACACAGCUUCUCUCCUGGAAAAUAUUCUCUUCAUAUGGUAUCCCCUUUUCCUUGGCAGAUAUUUAACCAGUCUCUCUUGAAUACUUUAGGCUACCUCCCAAGGCCAUUUAUUCUGACUAAAUUAUAGAAUUCUAGUACCAAGAAGGGAUCCUAUCAACUACAUAGUCCUACUCAUCAUUAAUAUUUUGCAGAUGAGACAAAUAUGGGUCAGAUUUCUUCCCAAGAUGUUUCUUUGAGGUUUAUAGACCUGCACACUCAUUCUCCCAGGGAUCACAUUAUUAAACCAACUUUUAAAAAAAUGACAUGAUUGGUUGCAGUAUUUGUCUUAUUUUGUAUGUUAUGCUUCAGAAAAAUUUAAACCACUUACAGAAUAAUUUACAGUUGACUAAAUGGUAAGUAAAAUGUGCUUAUGGUCAUUGAUAUAUAACAUUAGGCACACAAUUUUUUUUCCAUUUUUAACACU